AUGCAGCACCUGUAUAUACACCUGAUAAAGAAGAAGAAGAAGAAGAGACAGAAGAAGAAGAAGAGGAGACAGAAGGAGAAGAGGAGGAGGAGGAGACAGAAGAAGAAGGGAGAUAAGAAGAAGAAGAAGAAGAAGAAGAAGAGACAGAAGGAGAAGAAGAAGAAGAAGAAGAAGAGGAGGAGACAGCAGAAGAAGAAGAAGAAGAGGAGACAGCAGAAGAAGAAGAUAAAGAAGAAGAUAAAGAAGAAGAAGAAGAAGAAGAAGAGACAGCAGAAGAGACAGAAGAAGAAGAGGAGGAGGAGACAGAAGAAGAAGAAGAAGAAGAGGAGGAGACAGAAGAAGAAGAAGAAGAGACAGAAGGAGAAACAGAAGAGACAGAAGAAGAUAAAGAAGAGACAGAAGAGACAGAAGAGACAGAAGAAGGAGAGACAGAAGAAGAGAAAGAGGAGACAGCAGAGGAGACAGAAGAAGAAGAAGGAAGAGACAGCUGGACCGCAUGCAGCACCUGUAUAUACACCUGAUAAAGAAGAAGAAGAAGAGACAGAAGGAGAAGAAGCAGAAGAAGAGGAGACAGCAGAAGAGACAGAAGGAGAAGAAGAAGAAGAAGAGACAGAAGAAGAAGAGGAGACAGCAGAAGAGACAGAAGGAGAAGAAGAAGAAGAAGAGACAGAAGAAACAGAAGAAGAGACAGAAGAAGAAGAAGAAGAAGAAGAAGAAGAAGAAGAAACAGAAGAGGAGACAGCAGGAGAAGAUAAAGAAGAAGAUGAUGAUGAUGAUGAUAAAGAAGAAGAAGAAGAAGAAGAGACAGAAGAAGAAGAAGAUAAAGAAGAAGAAGAAGAGACAGAAGAAGAGACAGAAGAAGAAGAAGAAGAGAAAGAGGAGACAGCAGAGGAGACAGAAGAAGAAGAAGGAAGAGAUAGCUGGUGA